CCAAAGUUCAAUUUAAUGCAAAAAUUUAAUUUCCCAGGAUAACACAACCCCACCUGGACCAGCAUCACCACAUCAAUUGUCAGUAACAUGGGCUCUGCAAAGUGAUUUAAAUGACCCCAAUUCGAAAUCCAAACCAAUGCUAGGACACUUUGAGCCAAUUCCAGAGAAUGGAAAGAGAUCACAAGAGGAUAAGAGCAAUGAAUUGUCAGCGAAUUUAACCAGCAACGUUCCCUUGGAUGCAUUCGGAGCUGAACAACAUCACCACCACCAUCAACCAUCCGACAAUGAGGACGAUGAGGAGGAAUAUUCCGUAUCAGUGUCGGCUAUAAUGCAAAGACGUGCCAGUGUGCGGGGCAAUCGUAAGUGUGGAAGCCGCAAAUCCCGAAGAGCCUCUAGUCCAAUGGAUCACGUUUUGGAUACCGUUAGUCAGACGGGCGGCACUGGCGGCGGCGAUAGACGUCGUUCUAGUGUAUUCACUACCAGCUCAGGCGACACUGCCAUUUCUGUAGAUGACGGAACAAAUCAGGACUCCACACAGGAGCAAAUCUACGAGAAUAUCCGGCUGCACAAGGAAGUUAUUCAGUCCGUUAAGUUGCAACCAUGGAAUAUACGAAAGAAGUUGAAACUUGUUAGGCAGGCAAAAACAUACGUAGCACGACACGAAGGAGCACUGCAGGAACGUUUUGCCUUAUCUAGGAGUCUAAGGGACUUGUGGGCAAGGUUUAAAAUUUUAAUGGCAGCGCGUUGGCGCCAUUGGAAACGUGAAACGAGCAGCUUCCUUACGGUCCUGAUUCCAUGGGAACUUCGCAUUAAAGAAAUCGAAUCACACUUUGGAUCGGGUGUCGCCUCCUAUUUCACAUUUCUGCGAUGGCUUUUAUGGGUUAAUAUAAUGAUGACUAUACCGUUGGUAGCGUUCGUAAUUGCACCUGAAGUUUUAUCAACAAACCCUGAUGAAGAAGAUCCAAGGAAAAAAAUGUCAGAACGAGAAUUGAAAGUCGCUGGAAAUCUAUUUACAAUAUGGGAAUUCGAAGGAUAUCUGAAAUAUUCGCCGUUAUUUUAUGGAUACUAUUCAAGCAGUUCAGGAGCAACUCGAAAAGGAUACAAUCUACCAUUGGCGUAUUUUUUAACAGCUGUUGCUGUUUAUGUUUAUAGUUUUGUUGCAACUUUACGGAAGAUGGCAGAAAAUUCUAGGAAUUCAAAGCUUUCAUCAAAGGACGAUGAGUGUAUUUUUUCAUGGAAAUUGUUCACCGGCUGGGAUUUCAUGAUUGGUCAUGCGGAAACGGCUCAUAAUAGGAUAGCAUCUGUUGUUGUUGGCUUUAAGGAAGCAUUGCUUGAGGAGGCAGAGAAGAAAAAGGACAACCGGAAUUGGCGUAUCAUACUUCAAAGGAUUCUUGUAAAUAUUUUAGUUAUUGGUCUUCUGGCUGCAUCUGGUUAUACUGUUGUGUCGGCUGUUGACAGGUCUGAAACUGUUGGAACCAACGCAUCAUGGUAUAGAAGAAACGAGGUUAACGUUAUAAUGACACUGUUGUCAUUUUUUCUGCCAAUGAUUUUUGAUGCAUUGGGAUUGUUCGAAAAUUGGCAUCCAAGGCAACAGUUGCGACUGCAACUUGCAAGAAUUAUGAUUCUCAAUUUGUUGAAUUUAUACUCCCUAAUGUUCUCAUUCAUCUACAAAAUCACUGGCAAAGAUGAAUCCCUCCAGCAAUUAAAAGAAAUCAAUCAAAAUGCUACUUUGGAAAUGACACAAAUUGAAAAAAUGAUUGCCGACCUAACUCUUUUAACCAGCAGCUUUACCACUAGUAAACCAAAUUCGAGUGAUUUUAACUCAUCUCCUGCUCCAUUAGGUUUCUCCCCAACAACAACCUCGACAACUUUGGGAAAUUUGUUCAACAGAACAAUGUGUUUCAUAGUUCCAGUGAACUGCUCAAUACCUUUACCAUCACCUACACGAACAUUAACUACAUCGAUGUUGUUGCUAAAUUUAAGCACUAGCACAACUCUCGUCUCGGAGACAUCAUGGACGACAACGACAAGUCCAUCGAAGACCACAUUGCCAUUAACUACUACAACACCAUAUGAUGCGGUUACCACUAGUGUCGACUUUCUAACGUCAACAACCAACUUGAACGACUUGAUAGCAAAUCCCAGUAAUACCUCAGUUGAUCCAUUUACGAGUAGUAGCAGUACGUCGAUGUUUUUCGAAAGUACCUCUCCACCGCCAUUAUUGUCAUCGACAUCGUCCUCGUUGUCGACAACUAGCGAGGACUAUCGAUCCCAAUUUAACGAUACCUACUUUGACUAUCACGACUAUUUUGAUAAUUUUCUAUCCAUGGAUAUUGAGGAUAGAGACCAGGAGGGGAAUGAGAAGGGGAAGGAUGAUGAUGAUGGUCAAAGGGUUAGACGUUCAAUAGAAAGCUUCUCUCCGUCUUCGACAAGUACUGACGGUACGGAAUACACAGAUUCUACUGACACAACAGAAUCUAGUACUUUGAAUUUUGCUUCAACAAACACCUAUACCCUUGACGUAUCCAGUUUGUCAACACUUACCGAGCUCAUGGGUACUAUGCCCACCAUAUCAUCGACUUCAACUGUAAUAGAUCCGGUACGUGACAAAGUUCUCGAAUACAUAUCCACUUUGAAGCCCGAUGAACCAUCAUCAACAUCAACAUCAUCAACAUCGGACGAAAAGGAGCCGGAUACUACAACCUAUCCAACGACAAGGACAACUACCCCCAGUUCAACUAUUGCCGUCACUAUCAGCGAUAAACAAAUGCAAACUAAGACUUGUACACAAACUGUAUGCGUUACAAUACCUCCAGAGUACUGUACCACCCCAAUGACACCCAAAGUAGACGACUUAUCUACCACCGAUGCCACAACUCUUAGUACCACAACGACAAUAGCCCCCCUAAUCCAGUUGCAAUAUCAUGAGGAAAGACGGAAGAACAUAACGCUCAUUGUGGAGAAUAUGCGUCGCAACUUGACAUCAAUGUGCUGGGAGACAUCAUUGGGGCAGGAGCUCUCAAAAAUUAUCGUCUUCGACAUGAUAAUGUCCAUAGUGGCACCACUUUGCAUCGACUUCCUGCGAGCACUCUUCGUGCGCUACAUAAAUAAAUACUGGUGUUGGGACAUGGAGAAGACUUUCCCUCAGUAUGGUGACUUUAAAAUUGCUGAAAGUAUCUUAAAUUUAGUCUACAAUCAGGGGCAGGUAUGGAUGGGGAUUUUCUUUUCGCCAGGACUUGUGAUCAUUAAUUUUGUGAAGCUUAUGAUUUUGAUGUACUUGCGGUCGUGGAUUGUGCUAACUUGUAAUGUGCCGCAUGAAGUGGUUUUUAAGGCUUCCAAGUCGAAUAACUUUUAUCUGUCACUUCUUUUGACAAUGUUGUUUUUGUGUGUUCUGCCGGUUGGCUAUGCGAUAGUCUGGUUACGUCCUUCAUGGCAUUGUGGACCUUUUUCAGAUUAUGACAGGAUUUCUGAAUUCUUUACGAAAACAAUUAUAAAAGGGUUGCCUCCAGAGCUUCACAAGCCCCUAGAGUAUUUGACCUCACCAAGUACUGUGAUUCCUUUGCUCCUUUUGUUGACCCUCAUCAUCUACUACUUGGUUUCUUUAACGGGUGCCUUAAGAGAAGCUAAUCAAGACCUUCGUAAUCAACUGCUUAAAGAACGGGAAGAAGAACGAAAGAAGAUGUUCAAACUACCUGAUACGAAGACUAACGAACAAGCUGCCACAGCCUUAACCAAUCGAUGGAGGAAGGUUUUGGAAGCUUCAUCACCUGUCACACCGACUGGACCGGGACAACAGGCCCCUGAUUUUGAUGAAGAAAUCAAAAAUCAAGCUAGAAAAGAACUUAUAGCCCGAAUUAUGAAAAAAGCUUUACGCAAAGGUUCUGCUACUUCUGACGAUGACAGCUACGUCAGGGGGAAAGAUGAAGACGAUACCGACACAGAAUAUCACGAAUCCCUUCCACAUGACGAAGAAUCCAAAGAGAAGCUUUUUGGUCUUUCAAAGCUGCAACAAAUCCGUAGAACUCGAAAACCAUCUUUAGUUGAUAUCGUCCAAAUUGCCAAGAGUGAACAAGCCAAAACCAAAGACCCUCAACAUCCAAAGAGUAGAUUUAAAGUUGAUAAAGUAAAUAAGCCUGAUAAACCUGUGAAGCUUGAGAAAGUUGUGAAAGCCGAAAAGAGGAAUGAUUGUGAUAACGAUAAUGACCCGGAUACGAAUUCCAGAGUUGUCUCGGAAAGACGUAUGAGCUUGUUGCAAAAGCAAUCACCUGAAAGUGAGGAAAUGCCCUCAAAACCGAGUCUUGCUAAGAUUGUUAGUAGUAAUUUUGCAGUUAUCAAUGAGAAAUCUUCAGAAGUCCCUAAGAAUCCGAAGAAGAAGAAUUCCCAAAAUUCAAGACCAGAACCGUUCAAGUUUGAUGAUAAGUCAAUAGAAAGGAAGAAGAACAAAGAAAAGAGACAUGCAGAGAAUGAGAAGGAGCCUGGGUCACCAGAGAAAGAAAAGGAGAGGGAGAAGAAGAAAACUGAUGGAUCUUCACCAGAAAAAGAGAGGAAGAAACCUAAGGGCUCUCCCGAUAAAGACAAGAGUAAGUCUAAAAACUCACCGGAAAAAGAAAAGAAGAAGUUCCCUAAGUCACCGGAAAAUGAGAAAAAGAAGCACAGUAGGUCACCGUCACCGUUAGAUAAGGAGAAAAAGAAAACAAAUACCUCCCCUCAGGAUAGAGAGAAGGAUAAAGAGAAAGAAAAAGAAAAGAAGAAGACUCCUGAUUCACCAGAGAAAGAGAAGAAGAAACCCACCAGUGACUCUCCAGAAAAGAAGAAACUCACCUCGUCUCCUCAAGAAGACGGAAAAUCUGAAGCAUUCUUCAGUUUUUCCAAGCAAGGUCGGAAGAAAAUUGGAAAUCUUAUGAACUUCGUUCGUGAAGCUGUUAAAAAAGCUGAUUUAAACUCACCAAGUGAUUCACCACCAUCAACGCCUUCAACAACAAUUGAAAUUGAGCCAUCAUUUAUAGCAAGCUCAAAGCCCGAGCCGAAUACAAUAACUCAACCUGAGCCCGAACAACCAACAACUUCGACUACUUCACCGCCAGCUGUCAAAAAACCUCUUCAAGCACCAAUAGUUGAUUCGGAAGAAGAAGACCAGCCUGGACCAACUCCACCACCAGUUCGAAGUGGUUCACUUCGAUGGAAGAAUGAGAGACCAACACCGGCCCGUCAAGAUUCACAAGCAUCUGUUUGGUCAGAUAAUAUUCCAACGAUAACAAUUAGUACAACCGGAAGUGAAGAAUGUAUUGUUGAUUGUGUUGCUGAUAGUCAGGAAACAAAUCCAAAUGAAGGUCUAAAUGGCGAUGCUAUUACAAAUGGAGAUCUUGACUUGGAUUAG